UGGAGCCUCGGAGCCGGCCGCUGCCUCCGACGCGGAACCUUCAGCCGCCGCCGGUGUUCCGAGAGGCGGGCCGGAGAGCCACCAAAAUGUCGGGAGAGAUGGACAAACCGCUGAUUAGCCGUCACCUGGUGGACAGUGACUGCAGUCUUGCAGAGGCUCCCAGUGAGGCUGCCAAAGUGGGCAUCCUGGGCAGCGGAGACUUUGCCCGCUCCCUGGCCACACGCCUGGUGGACUCCGGCUUCAGCGUGGUGGUUGGAAGCCGCAACCCCAAACGCACAGCCGGCCUGUUCCCCUCUGCAACACAAGUGACUUUCCAAGAGGAAGCAGUAGGCUCCCCUGAGGUCAUCUUUGUGGCCGUGUUCCGGGAGCACUACUCCUCGCUGUGCGGCCUCAGUGACCAGCUGGCCGGCAAGAUCCUGGUGGACGUGAGCAACCCCACAGAGCAGGAGCACCUGCAGCACCGUGAGUCCAAUGCCGAGUACCUGGCCUCCCUCUUCCCCACCUGCACAGUGGUCAAGGCCUUCAAUGUCAUCUCUGCCUGGACCCUGCAGGCUGGCCCGAGGGAUGGGAACAGGUAGGUGCCCAUCUGCAGCGACCAGCCAGAAGCCAAGCGCACUGUCUCAGAGCUGGCACAUGCCAUGGGCUUCACACCCAUGGACAUGGGGUCCCUGGCCUCAGCCCGGGAGGUGGAGGCCAUGCCUCUGCGCCUCCUUCCGGGCUGGAAGGUGCCCACCAUCCUGGCCCUGGGGCUCUUCAUCUUCUUCUACGGCUACAACUUUGUCCGGGAUGUGCUGCAGCCCUACGUGCAAGAGGGCAAGAAUAAGUUCUACAAGCUCCCACUGUCCGUGGUCAACACCACACUGCCGUGCGUGGCCUAUGUGCUGCUGUCGCUGGUCUACCUGCCCGGCGUGCUGGCAGCCAUCCUGCAGCUGUGGCGUGGCACCAAGUACCAGCGUUUCCCUGACUGGCUGGACCACUGGCUGCAGCACCGGAAGCAGAUAGGCCUGCUCAGCUUCUUCUGCGCCUCCCUGCACGCAAUCUACAGCGUCUGCUUGCCUGUACGCCAGUCCUACCGCUAUGACCUGGUCAACCUCGCCAUCAAGCAGGUCUUGACUAACAAGAGUCAUCUCUGGGUUGAGGAGAACGUCUGGCGGAUGGAGAUAUACCUCUCCCUGGGAGUGCUGGCCCUCGGCAUGCUAUCCCUGCUGGCUGUCACCUCGCUGCCAUCCAUUGCAGAUUCGCUCACCUGGAGGGAAUUCAGCUUCGUUCAGUCCUCUCUGGGUUUUGUGGCCCUGGUGCUGAGCACCCUGCACACGCUCACCUAUGGCUGGACCCGCGCCUUCGAGGAGAGCCGCUACAAGUUCUACCUGCCUCCCACCUUCACGCUCACACUGCUGGUGCCCUGCGUUGUCAUUCUGGCCAAAGGUCUUUUCCUCCUGCCCUGCUUAAGCCGCAGACUCGCCAAGAUCCGGAGGGGCUGGGAGAAGGACAACGCUGUCAAAUUCACACUGCCAAUGGACCAUGCACUAGCCCAGAAGACGAGCCACGUGUAAGGAGCCUGCUGCACCUGGCUCUGGAAACAGACGCAGGCAGGACGGGCCCCCGAGCCUGUCAGGGGAUUCUUUUCUUGAUCGUGCAGUAUGGUGUAAUGUGCACCAAUUGGUGGUUUAAAGUCCGAAUUCCAGGGAUGCAAAUGUAUUCAAUAAUAUUCAGAACAACACACGUGUGUGUGUGUGAUAUAUAUGUUCAUAUGUAUUUCAUAUAUAUAACUGGAUUUGCAAUUAUACUUAUUUAGCUAAAAUGUUGAGUCCCUGAGAUUUUAACUGGUAGAUUUAAAAGCAAGUGCCAGAUGUUAGGAGAACAGCAACUCACAUUAUUGUGACAUUUGCAGAGAUAAGACAGUGAGGGGCUUGUAUCUGGGUGGAAUCGACCCACUUGUGUCUCCCCUUUUGCUACUUUCCCGAGGCUCUCAGAGCUGGGGCUCUAAGGUGGCAGGGCAGACAGGAGCUCUGCCUGCAGCCCAACCGUGCCAGGCUGUGCCAGGCUGAAGAGUCGCCAGGGAUCAGGGGGUGGGGGGAGCCUUUUAUCUGUGCCCUGAGAGUCCUUUGCCAGGUUGGGGUGGGGGGCAGGGAGGGAGUUUGGGGCUGAAGUUGCUCCCCCUAAUCCUCCCUAAGCUAGGGAGAUUUUUUUCCUUAGUCAGAAGUCAGCCCUGCCGCUGCAAAUUGAUCCUCCUGUGGGAGUGUGAAGUCACCUCCUUCCCAGAGCCAUUAAUGAACCCUGUCUUGAGAACAAGUGUAAUUUCUUUCCCUCCUUUAAGUUGGUGAUGACCGUUCUUUCAAUCACUAUGCCUUCUCACCUUUUAGAUCGUCAGUUUGAAUGUCUCCAGAAAGGCCUAGAGCAGACCCUCCAACAGUCCAGGGGGAGGGGAACAAAAGGCAGAGCACCCAGAAUCACAGCCGAGCUCUUCUGGGGGUCCUGCCCAGGACCAAUCGUCUUCAUUAAAUUGGUCCUGUGGAAAAACACCGGGAAUCUCAUCAGAUGUCCUCUGCUGCUGCUGGGCAGAGAAGCCGCCUUCUGAGCACCCAGAAAACCACACUGGCCCCAAGUUCCUCUUAUUGGAGGGUCAAAUUUCAAAAUAGCUUUUUUUCAAAAUAGUCUUUUCCAUCAAAGCAACAAACUUGAAAUGCUGCUGCCCCAAAGCAUAAGAAGCUGGACCACAGCCAGGGCCACAGGACAUGUGCCCUUGAGUCAUUUGCCAUCCUGCUCUGAUCCACACUGAAGCUGUUGUCACUUCCCCUGUGGACACACAGUUAGUUGUUCUCUAAGCGCCCCACCCACCCACCAGCUUCUGGCAGAACUAGGGUAAUCUGUCAUCUCCACAAAAAAAGCACCUUUGAACACGGGGUGAAAUCCUGAUGGAAGACAUCAGUGAGAUGCACACUGAAUUCUACUCUGAACGGGGAAUGUGGGUCCCACUCCUAUUUCUUAGGUCUCCUGGGCCAGAGAGCAUCUUAGGGUGGAAGAAAGCGAGUCCAGCCUGCAAAAGCUGAGCAGAUAGUGCUACCGGGAGACGAUGCCCCUGCCUCCCCGGGGAGGCUGCAUGAGCUCAUGUCUGUGGAGCACAUUAGGGUGCUUUAGUGAAAAGGAGAAAAAAGAAAAAAAAAAAGCCAAGGGUAAGACUGUCUCAUGAGGACAGAGACUGAUGGAGGGAAGGGCACAGGCAAAGCGAUCACUUCCUGCAGGUGUUUUCUAGCUGCUGCUCCAAAGCCAGGCAGCAGAAGCCUGUCUCCUCUAUUGGCCCUGAUGGAGCAGCAAUCAUGGCACACAGGGAGGCUCGCUGCAAAGGAGGCAGGCAAAACAGAGCUUUCGGCACUUGCUUGGCAAAAGAAGGGGCCAGCAGUUUCCUGCUGAUAGGUAGCAGGGAGAACAUGGGCUGCUGGAAACCACCCAGGAUCACCAGCCCCAGCUAGUACUGGCUGCCUUCCGACUCCCAGCCUCCCUGGGCCUUGGGAUGGUUCUUUACGCCAAAGAUGCUGACACAGGGCAAAGUCCUGUAUGCUGCCUCCCCUUCCCUGCCUACCUCCUGCUGCAGGUGCUCCUCAGAAGGGAAAGGAUGGCAAGGUGGGUGGCAGAAAAGAACAGGUAUAGCAGGGGACCUGCCAACUGGAUAAUCAACUCACGAAAGGCAAGGUGGGCUGUGGGCUUGGCCUUGACCUUGUGUCUGCUGCUGCUCUUCCCUACCUCACCAGGCAGCUGGCAACAGCAUCCCCAAGAGAGCAAGUCACUUCCUUAGAGCCUGGGAAAUUCUAUGUGCCUCUGGGUGCAAAAGUGCCUGAACCAAUGUACUCUGGGAAUCCUAAAUGCCACGAUCAGAGGUGGACAUUUAAAAUGUAUGCCAUUGAAAGAGUCUGUGUGUUUUGUUUUGCCCUUGUAGAGCUUGUCUAAGAAGCAGCGAAAAUAAACACCUGUGAAGUUCA